AUGUCUAACACACCUACGUCGAACACUGCACCAGUGGACGAUAUAACACCUGAUCUAACUAAUGAAAAUUCCGAGGAUGUAAAGAAAAGAGAGCUAGAGACUGAUACUAGCAGCGAACCAAGUAAAAAAGUUAAAAUAGAAGAGAAAAACAGCAACAGUGGUUCCACUGAAGUAAAAGCUACCGCUUUAGCAUUACCUAAAGCUGACGAUAAAAAGAAAACGAAAAAAAAAGAGAGUUCAAGUAAUAAGAAAAAAGAUAGUACAAGUGGGCAAGGAUCUACGAAAAAUUCAAACAAUGCUCAGCAGAAAAUGGAUCCGAAUAAGAUGCAAGAUGUCUUAUUUUCUGCUGGUGUUGAUAUUAGAGAGGAAGAAGCUUUACUACAUUCUUCAAUCAAUGCAUCAAAGAAUGCUCAAGCACAAAACGCAGUAGUGGCAAAACUGCUUAAGAACCCACCAUUUUUACAUCCUGAUCAAGUCUCUAAGACUAUGAAACAAGCUCUUAUAAACCAAAACUGUAAAAAUGUCGAGGAAAUGGUGAAAAAUAAUGAUAUACUAAGUAUGAUGUCUUCUGCAUGUGAAACAUAUAUGAGAGAUAUAAUAACGAACGCUGUAGUAAUAUCUCGUCAUCGUAGAAAGGCUGUAAAGAUUAAUUCAGGGAGAAGAAGUGAAGUGGCAACUGCAUUAAGAGCUAUUGCGGUACAACAAAAGAAAGAUGAAGAGAGACGUGUUAAGAAGAGAAUAGCAUUAGGCUUAGAGAAAGAGGACUAUGAAAAUAAAAUUGAUUCGGAAGAGACAUUACAUCGUGCUUCAAAUGUCACUGCAGGUUUAAGAGCAGGUAGUAAGAAACAAUAUGGUUGGUUGACAAGUUCUGUAGGAAAACCAACAAACACAGGCGUUAAAGCCACAGGUCGUGUUGCUUCAGAUAUUGCUGCAAGAGGUGAUAGUGGUCUAAAAUAUAGAGAAGCCAGAGAGGAACCAGGUAUUGUUAUGAGAGACUUAUUAAAUGUUCUUGAAAAUAGAAGAAUGGGAGUACACAAUGUGAUUUCCAAAGGUUACGCAAGGAUAAGAGAUUAA